AUGAGCUCCAAAAAGCUCGGGAAACGGGGCGUGACCGACUACUUCGAUUCGCACUCAUACUACAGAUUCCACCAUGAAGCCCGUCCGGAUGAGACUCUUUACAUCACAGACAGUGAUGGUAACGUUGACAUGGGCCAAUUUAAUACCUCUUCCUCGGAGAACUGGCAGCUAUACUACCAACAAGGUCGUUGGUUCAUCCGCCCGUAUGCGACUUCAGUCGACCUAUCGUGGACCGAGUAUCAACUAGGCCUAGCAAAGGAUGACAAGGGAAAUGUCGGAGCGCUGCCGAAGUUGGCGAAGAGGAGUGGUGAGCUGGGUCAACAAUGGACCUUUGCCCAGGUCGACGACGGUAAUGGCGGAUUUGGAUUCAAGAUCAGCAAUGCUCUCCUAGGUAACACAUCUUUUCUCGCUUUAACAGGAGACGGUGGGCAACCGGGAAUGCAAAGUAGUAGCGAAGGAACCGUUUGGGACAUGCAAAUCAAUAGACAAGCGGGGAAUCCGGGUGUCGAUAACUCGUAUGAAGACGUGGCAAACUUUGAGGUAUGUUUCGCGUAG